AUGAAGUCAAUGGACCUUUUGGACACUCUGAAGAGUUUAACAGACGAUCAAUUCAUCAAUUUUAAAUGGCAUCUGAAAGAUCCUGGUUUCACGAAACCCUUCCAAGCGAUCAAAGAGUCAGAUCUGGAGGAGGCAAAUAGAUACAAGACUGUGGAUCUGAUGGUGAAUACUUUUAAACUUCAUGGAGCUCUAGCAGUGACCAGGAAGGUUUUAGUGGAGAUACCCAGGAAUGAUCUGGUGCAGAGUCUGCCAGACACCAGCUCAGGACCAGAAGUGGAUGCUGAUGUUGGCAAGACGUCAGAGAACAGAGGAACAUCCUGCUGUCAGAGCAAAGAUGUGAUGGUUCUGGGAAUAUCCAUCUCAUCUCACCAACAGAAGCUACAAUCAUACUUUCAGGAUACAUUCAUGUGUGCACAAGAGGCGUGGCUGAAGAAGAAGGAUGAGCAACGUCUGGAUGAUAUCUACACAGAGCUGUACAUCACAGCGGGGGCUGACAUACACAUCAACACUCAGCAUGAGUUCAGGCAGAUUGAGGCGAUGGGAGCGAAGUCAGCAGAUAAAGAGAAACCAAUUCAACCCAGGGACAUGUUCAAACCCCCGUCUGGAGGAUACAGACCCAUAAGAACAGUACUGACCAAUGGAAUUGCUGGAAUUGGAAAAACAUUUCUUGCGCACAAGUUUGUUUUGGACUGGGCUGAAGAAAAAAACAAUCAAGAUGUGCAUCUCAUUUUCCCCUUCACCUUCCGCCAGCUGAAUUUAAGGAAGGGAGAAAAGUUGUGUUUGGCAGAGCUCAUUCAUGAAUGUAUCGAGGAGACCAAAGACAUAAAGAGAGAAGCUCUUAAUCACAUCUUCACAGCUCUGCAGUCAUCAGGAAACACCAACUACGACAAGAGUCAUUUCAAACUUCUGUUUGUCUUGGAUGGACUGGAUGAGAGCCGCCUUCAUCUGGACUGCUCUACCAGUAAAAACCCAUCCGUUAACUUUGAUGUGACAGAGGCGAUCCCAGUUGAUGUGCUGCUGACGAACCUCAUCAGGGGGAAACUGCUUCCCUCUGCUCGCCUCUGGAUAACCACGCGACCUGCAGCAGCCAAUCAGAUCCAUCUUGACUUUGUUGGCAUGGUGACAGAGGUCAGAGGGUUCACUGACCCACAGAAGGAAGAGUACUUCAGGAAGAGAUUCAGUGAUCAGGAGCAGGCCAACAGGAUCAUCUCCCACAUCAAGACCUCACGAAGCCUCCACAUCAUGUGCCACAUCCCAGUCUUCUGCUGGAUCACUGCUACAGUUCUCAAGGAUCUGAAUACCAGAGAGGGAGGACAGCUGCCAAAGACGCUGACAGAGAUGUAUGCACAAUUCUUGGAGUUUCAGACUCAUCAGACAAAAGAGAAGUAUGACCAAAAAGAGUUCAACCAGUACAUUAAGUCAUUAGCAAAACUGUCUUUUCACCAGCUGGAAGAAGGCAAUCUGAUCUUCUAUGAGAAAGAUCUCAAAGAGAGUGGCAUUGAUGUCAGUGAAGCCUCAGUGUACUCAGGAGUGUUCACAGAGAUCUUCAAAGAAGAACAUGGGAAGAAGAAUGAAGACAAGAUGUUUAGCUUUGUUCAUCUGAGUGUUCAGGAGUUUCUGGCAGCGUUCUACGUAAGGAUGGAAGUCAUUAAGAGAAACAAGAAUGUGAUGUCGGAGCCAGGGCGAACUUGUGGCGACAGUGUGCGAAUGGUUUUCAGCAAAACAUCUGUGACGGAGGUCCACAAGUUUGCUAUUGACAAGGCCUUGAAGAGUUCCAACGGACACCUGGACCUGUUCCUCCGAUUCCUCCUGGGUCUUUCACUGGAGACCAAUCAGAAUCUCCUACAAGACCUACUGAAAAGGAAAAGAAGCUCACGGACUAAUCAGAAAACAGUCGAUUACAUCAAGAAGAAGCUCAGCGAGAAUGUUUCUCCAGAGGAAAGCAUCAAUCUGUUCCACUGUCUGAAUGAACUGAAUGAUGGUUCUCUAGUGGAGGAGAUCCAGUGGUCCCUGAGUUUAGGACUUCUCUCCACAGAUAAACUGUCUCCUGCUCAGUGGUCAGCUCUGGUCUUCAUCUUACUGUCAUCAGAAAAAGAUCUGGACGUGUUUGACCUGAAGAAAUACUCUGCUUCAGAGGAGGCUCUUCUGAGGCUGCUGCCAGUGGUCAAAGUCUCCAACAAAGCUCUGUUGAGUGUCUGUAACCUCUCAGAGAGAAGCUGUGAAGCUCUGUCCUCAGUUCUCAGCUCCCAGUCCUCUAGUCUGAGAGAACUGGACCUGAGUAACAACGACCUGCAGGAUUCAGGAGUAAAGCUGCUGUCUGCUGGACUGGGGAGUCCCCAAUGUACACUGGAAACUCUCAGGAUGAAUGGCUGUAACCUCUCAGAGAGAAGCUGUGGAGCUCUGUCCUCAGUCCUUAGCUCCCAGUCCUCUAGUCUGACAGAGCUGGACCUGAGUAACAACGACCUGCAGGAUUCAGGAGUGAAGCUGCUGUCUGCUGGACUGGAGAGUCCACACUGUACACUGGAAACUCUCAGGCUGUCAGGCUGUCUGAUCACAGAGGAAGGCUGUUCUUCUCUGGCCUCAGCUCUGAGAUCCAACCCCUCCCAUCUGAGAGAGCUGGACCUGAGCUACAAUCAUCCAGGAGACUCAGGAGUGAAGCUGCUGUCUGCUGAACUGGAGGCUCCACACUGGAGACCGGACACUCUCAGAUUUGAACCUGGUGGAGAGCAGUGGCUGAAACCUGGACUGAGGAAGUAUUCCUGUGAACUCACAUUCGACACAAACACAGUGAACACAAACCUCAAACUCUCUGACAACAACAGGAAGGUGACACAUGUGGAGGAGGAUCAGUUAUAUCCUGAUCAUCCAGACAGAUUUAACUCCUCGCUUCAGCUGCUGUGUAGAACUGGUCUGACUGGUCGCUGUUACUGGGAGGUGGAGUGGAGAGGAGAAGUUUAUAUAGCAGUGAGUUACAGAGGAAUCAGAAGGAGAGGAGACAGGGGAGACUGUUGGUUUGGAAAGAAUGAUCAGUCCUGGAGUCUGUUCUGCUCUUAUGAUGGUUACUCUGUCUAUCACAAUAAGACAAGAACAUCCAUCUCCUCCUCCUCCUCCUCCUCCUCCUCCUCCUCCUCCUCCUCUUCCUCCUCUGGUAGAGUAGCAGUCUAUGUGGACUGUCCUGCUGGCUCUCUGUCAUUCUACAGAGUCUCCUCUGACACACUGAUCCACCUCCACACCUUCAACACCACAUUCACUGAACCUCUUUAUCCUGGGUUUGGGUUUAGGUUCAGUCCUGGUUCCUCAGUGUCUCUGUGUUCUCUGUAGGAGGGACAGUCACCUCCUCUUCCCUUGAAGCUGUUGAACAGGCACAAUGAGGUUUGGUACAUGGCCGAUGGGGAGCUGGUCUGCACAGACCCACAGGAGCCGACCCCAGCACACACACCCAGGCCGACUACAACCGACUCCCCCACAGACUCUCCGUCCGACCCUCUCCCACACACACUCUCCGACUCACCCUCACUGACUACCUCCAACCUAUCCUCCUCCUAUCUAGUGUCCAACUCCUCUUCCCAAACGCCCUCUGACACCCCCGCUCUCACCCCAUCCAACGCUCCACCUAGCCCUUCAUCCAACCUGUCCGCUGACGCCGUGUUCAGCCACCCCCCCACCUACGUCCAGAUCCCCCUGGACCCGACAACCAACUCCUCGGACCCGGCCUCCGCGAGCCCGUCCCUGGAGCCCCAGUCCGACGGCGCCCCGUGGAACAGUACGGCCCGUGGCUCUCCAGAUUCACCGGCUGACAGUAACCCUGCAGUCGAGCCAGACGACGCUCAUUAG